AUUGUUCCCUGGCUGCAAGCCGGCAGGGAUCAUUAGUUGGUUUUGUCCCGCUUUCAGCAGCGACAGUCCGGGCCGGCAUGGUGGCGCACCAUCCUUUGCUUUGGUAGCGCUGGACUGGAAAGAGACAACACUUCCAGUCUGAAAGGUCUUCUCAUGUAAGCAAAAAAGCAACAAUGGGAGACUGGAACUUCCUGGGAGGCAUCUUGGAGGAGGUGCACAUCCACUCCACCAUGGUGGGCAAGAUCUGGCUGACCAUCCUGUUCAUAUUCCGCAUGCUGGUGCUGGGCGUGGCCGCCGAGGACGUGUGGAACGACGAGCAGUCGGACUUCAUCUGCAACACGGAGCAGCCGGGCUGCCGCAACGUGUGCUACGACCAGGCCUUCCCCAUCUCGCUCAUCCGCUACUGGGUGCUGCAGGUCAUCUUUGUGUCGUCACCCUCGCUGGUGUACAUGGGCCACGCCAUCUACCAGCUGCGCGCCCUGGAGAAGGAGCGCCAUUGCAAGAAGGUGGCGCUGCGGCGCGAGCUGGAGGCGGUGGACGCAGAGCUGGCGGAGGCGCGGCGGCGGAUCGAGAAGGAGAUGAGGCAGCUGGAGCAGGGCAAGCUGAACAAGGCGCCGCUGAGGGGAUCGCUCCUGUGCACCUACGUGGCGCACAUCGUCACCCGUUCGGUGGUGGAGGUCAGCUUCAUGAUGGGCCAGUUCCUCCUCUACGGGCACCGCCUGAGCCCCCUCUACAAGUGCGAGCGGGAGCCCUGCCCCAACGUGGUAGACUGCUUUGUGUCCCGGCCCACCGAAAAGACGGUGUUCAUGAUGUUCAUGCAGGUGAUCGCCUGCAUCUCCUUGUUCCUCAGCCUGUUGGAGAUCAUGCACCUGGGCUACAAGAAGCUGAAGAAGGGCAUCCAGGACUACUACCCGCAUAUCAAAGAGGAACUGGAUGACUACUAUGUCAACAAGUCCAAAAAGAAUUCAGUGGUGCACCAGGUCUGCGUGGGCACCUCGGUGGGCCGGAAGACCACCAUCCCCACGGCACCCAGCAGCUACACGCUACUGCUGGAGAAGCAAGGCAACGGGCCCAGCUACCCGCUGCUCAACGCCUCCUCCGCCUUCGUGCCCAUCCAGGAGGAUCCGGGCGUGAAGCCGGGCGGCAGCAAGGAGGGCGUCCCGAGGCCAACGGAUCAAAACUCAAACAACACCAGCAGCGACACCCGGUCCCCACAGGGCGACAACCAGGAGGAACCCGAGGAGGACCUGGACGAGUAUCCCACGCUCCCGGCGCCGCAUUCCGCCUCCGGCACCGCCCUGUCCGCCAUCGCCCGUAGAUCCAGGAGGCCCGGUCCGCAGUGGAACUGCUCCACGGUGCCGGAGGGCAACACCUCAGACAGCGGAGACUCCUACCAGGGCGGCUCCAUGAAACAGCGCAGUGCGCCGGGGCCCCGAGCCCGGAACCUGCUCUCCAGGUCGGACAGUGUGAGGAGGCCCAGCGGGGCACAGAGCCCGGACUCCGGCGGCGACCUGAGCUCUGGGUCUCGACAGAGCCGCGAUACCAACAGCCCCGCCGCCUCUUCCCCCAACAGGCGGGUGUCGGCGGCGAGCAGCGGGGGCAGCGGCAGCAGGCGAGCACCUACCGACCUCCAGAUUUAACACUCGUCUACCACCAUUUUGACAGGUGACCCCUCCCACAAUGCACUGCUCUGCCAGCCAGCCAGCUGCAUGAUUGACUGUGGCGGGAGGGGGGCGGCAAAGAGGCUAAUCUAUAAUGUUUGAAGCGGACGUUACGUCAGCGGUGGGUGGGGAAGCCAACACUGCCAUCAAGUGGCCAAGUGACAUUAUGGCUUUUUAAAAUUUUAUAUCUUUUUGGAAUGGGACACACUACUUAUUGGUUGCUACAUACUCCCUACUGCCUGAGGCCUUGCCUGGCUCUGAAGGGGAAUCGUUAUUACUUCACUACAUUUAACCUUCUUUGCUACAUUGGUACGCACACUUUUUCAAUUCUACAUGUUAUAUUUGCAUUCCAAUUUAUAACAACACAUUCCAGAUUUUUACAACAAAAAGAUUAAAAUUCUUCCCACUGGGAUCGCAGGUUUUGGUGUGAUGGUAGACCCUAACGUUAUAUAUAAAUACAUUUUUGUACCCAGGCCUUCAGUGGGGACUUAAUGGGCCAGAAUUUUUCUCUGCAGUCCGACUGGUAGAAGAGCCACAUGCUAAGUGACUUGGGGCAGCACUCCUGGUUCUGAAGGCCCUGGGCAGAUUAGAUUGACACAACACAAGAAGCUGAAGUCUGAUUGGACAAAAACAUCCAAUGUACUCAUACAUGUAGUGGAAGCAGUACAGCCAAGAGACAGGCUAGGAAAUGACAAUAAUAGACUCUUGGGAAUACAUUUAUACAAUUUUAAUGGAACAAAUGCUAGAAUUAAAGUUGUAAAUACAGUUGAGUGCUUGCUGUAGUGUUCAGGCCAGCAGAGAAGACCUUGCUGGCCCACCACUGUUUUAAAGUGAAAUAUAAACGUACAUAAAUUUGCUAAUAACUGUCCUGAAUCGUUUUUUCUCAUAUCUUUAUAAUAUGCUACAGGGCAAAAAAAAGAAAAGAGCUGCGGGCCACAAAUGACCCCCGUGCCACACUUUCGACACCCUGGAGUUAGGACGUUAACAGUGACGUGAUGCCAAUAAAAUAUUUAGAUAUGAAGAUUUUUUUGAAAUUGUGUAGUGUACAUUCUUGGUUUAGACAAUAAAGAUGUCUGUACAUAAGAGCAAUCAUGCCGUUUGGAAUUAACUCCUCCCCUUUACUCCGCUGCUCCCUCCUCAGGCGAUGGCUCGUACUGCAGCAGCUGCACAAUCAACAAUAAAAAACAUAAUAUACAAAAUGCAAGAAGAAGAAAAAACCAUGCGAGCGAUGCCACCUUUGUUCUCAGUUCCUUGUUGUCCUUCAGGAGACGUUCACACUCGUGUUGCAGCUCGAUCUUCUGUGAGCUCAACACCUUGGCCUGCUGCGCAUUCAGGUGACGCGUCACAAAACUGGACCCGGGUUCAGGUCUUUAUUGGUGCGCAUUCAAAAACAGGGGCGUCACAGUCUCUUUAAACUGUGCCUUUUUGCUGUAUUUGAUCCAUUUUUGUGAAAUGUUAUUUCUACAAUGGACAGCGCCUGCCAACAGCCCGCAGGCUGCACUUUGGACACUCCUGUGCAAAACCUAAUGACUGUGAAAAGAUACCCCAUUGCAUCGUCCGGUUUGUCGGUCUCCUCAUAAAGUGCCACCAAUGCUGCAAAAUGGUACAGUUGGAUAAAUAAAAUGGAUGGAUGGACUCGUUGCCACGUCAACAGGUUUUCUGCUGAAAUAACAGGAAAAAACACAUUUUUGGACUGAGAUACGGUGAGAUAUUUACAAUAUUUAUUUGACAAUAUUAUGACGCUCUUGGUGGAUAAAUAAAGAACGUA